AUGUCUGCAGCUACCAAACCAUCCACCCCCGCGCUCUUUGUCGACGAAGACUCAAAUCUUAAAGUUAUCCAUGAUGUCCCGGUCCCUGAACUUGUAGAAGGCGAAGUCGUGGUGAAGGUGCUCUACUCAGGAGUCAAUCCCGCCGACGUCAAACAUGGUUCGAUUCUCGGGGUACGUCCCACGAUCAUCGGAUACGACUUUUGCGGCCGCGUAGUGAAAGCGGCAACAAAUUCCGACUUCAGGGCUGGUGACCUCGUGGCCGGUUACACGCCCACGGGCGUCGGUAGGCCCUUGCGAUAUGGCGUUCAUCAAGAGCAUCUAAGUUGCCCGGAAAACAUGAUGUUCAGGGUUCCAGAGAACCUUCCGCAGACGCACGCCGCCAGUCUGACUACGGUCUUGACGACGGCCGCCGAUGGACUAUACAACAUAUUUGGUUUGCCGUUGCCGGGCGAGAAGCCCAAUGACGGCUUCAGGCCUGGCCCGUUGUUGAUCUGGGGUGCGUCAGCAAGUGUGGGAGCAUGCAUGCUACAGCUAGCCCGAGCAAGUGGCACAUCUCCGAUUUUUGUCACAGCGUCGCCUGCGAGGCACGAACUGCUCAAAAAGCUCGGAGCGACGCAGUGUUUCGAUUACCGGGCCCCCGACGUCGUAUCACGUAUCAAGGCAGCAGCUGAGGAGUCGAAAGCGGGCCCGAUUGCUUAUGCCGCCGACUGCGCUGGGUCUCUCGGGGAGGUCAGCUCGGUGUCGCAGAUGGAAGCAUGCGUCGACGACAAUGCCAUCAUCUUGUCGGUUGUGGUGCAUCCGGGCAAACAGUACAAGCUGCCGCUGGCUUCAGCGGCUGCGCCGGUCAAAUUCCAGCUCCGCAACGGACCUCUACUCACAUUUCCGGCCCGGCCGGAAGAUUGGAAGAGAAUGUGGAAGGCAUUGAUGUGGGCUGUUGACAAGUACGGCGCGGAGUUCGAACUGCCUGCGGUAGAUGUGUUCAAGGGUUCUGCGGAGGAUGCGUUGGAGAAGGUAAAGAUGGUGGCGGAACAGGGCAAGUUCGGAAAGCUUGUCUUGGAGCAGCCAAUGUCGUAG